AUGGACCCAUCCAUGGCCCCAGCAUUGGCUUCCACAAUUGUCCGAGGAGACUUACCUAUGGAGCAGAGCCUGAUCUUCUUGGAGUAUGUGAAACUCCAAGAGAAGUUUGAUUCAUUGAUGGAGGACACUUGGGCCAGGCUUGAACCAGAAGAUCCGGCGCCUUGGAGAUCCUGUAAGUGUGGUCAUGCUGAGACAUUAGAGAAGGAUGAUACAGUUGAGCACACUAUUGAAUGCAGAGCAAUUGAAGAGGAUGAAAACAAAAAUGUCACCUGCAACGAAUGUAUCUUUAGUACACUAUUAGAUAGUGACACAGAAACUGAGGCAACAGCAGCAGCGGUCAAGCUGAAACUUCUGCAUCAAUUACGCAAUCUGGAAGGUGAUCAGAGGGCUUACCAUGAAGAAUCUGAACGUACCAUCAUGCGUCAACUACGAGAGCUAAAUAUAUUGCAGCGUGAACAUGAAAAUCUUGCAACAAGCAUAGCCCUUGUCACAGCUCCGCAGAAUGUACAGAAGGAUAUUAAUGAUUCAACACAAAUAAAAAUGUUGUUGCAAAGCAAAGAGGAGUAUGAUUGCCUUGCCGAGCAGGAAAAGAGUCUGAUCGCUAAGCUCGAUGCUCAGAUAAGAGACCAAGAAGAUAAAAUUAACAAGCAAAAGAUGUCUAUUGGAGGACUGAGGAGUGUUCAUCAACGACGCAGACACUUGCAAAAACAAAUACAGACUUUGGAGAAUCAACUGAACUUGUCAACUAUAAAGUUUAACACAAUUCUGACUGAAAAUCGGAAGCUUCGUGAAGAAAUCAAUAUCCUGAGGGUUAAUAAAGAAAUUUAUACCAAACUCUACAAUAAGCUCAGUACAAAACUACAAGAACAAAAAAAAAUAAUGAAAGAAAUUGUUGAGGAAUCUGUGCAAGCUUAUGAUCAACGGAUGGAGGCAGAAACGAGAAUAAAUGCUGUAAAGGAACGAAGUGCAAAAGACAUCCUUUUGUAUAAUACAGAGAUAAAAGAACUAAUGCGUAUUAUUGAUCAUGAGGCAAAACUUAAAGACUUUAUGCUGAUUAAAUUUCGGCAACUUACAAGAGAAGAUCAUUCCAAGGAUAAAAUUGGCAAGAAAACAGCGCAAGAAAUUGAAUAUGAAGCUUAUGAAGAAGUAUAUCAUCAACUCAGAAAUCUGACUGGAAAGGAAAACCUUUACAAUCUAGGCCCUGAGUUUGUUGCCACGGAGGAGAAGAACUAUGCACUAUUUAAUUUUAUAAAUGAAAUUAACAUUCAACUGGAACAUAAACAAGAAAAGAUCCAAAAUAUUAAGAAUGAAAUAUUGCAAAUUGAAAAUCAGCGCAAGCAAAGUGAGGAAGAAUUGCAUGGUUCAAUAAAGGAAGUAGAGGAUUCUCUGGAAAAUACAACCCAACAGAUUAAUAACUAUGAAGUUAUGCAAACGCAAGUUAACAAAACAUUAGAUGAACUGAAAUCAAACAUAGAGUCCCUUUGCAAGAAAAUAUAUUGCGACCUAUCCCCGAUCCAGCAGAAAUUAUGUGGUAAUGAUGGCAUUUUAAACUACAAUGCACUCGAGUACUUAGGCAUAAUAGAAAGAAAAUCCAUUGACAUGCUACAGAAAAAUAUGCUGAUACUCCAAAUAGCAGAAUUGCAGAAGGAAAGUCCCCCACUUAGUCCUGCAAGUAGUGCAACGAGUAUUCCAACAGUGAAUAUACUGACAGCUGGUACAGAGCUGAUCAGGUUCAUGAAACCCAUAAAAAUCAUUCCACCAAUAAUAGAUGACGAGGUUGAAGUUGAGACAGAGAUAGAAACUGAUGCUGAACUUUUAUUUCCCUUGAAUUAUUUCCAACUGCGUGAAUUGGUUUUGAGUGAAUUAGAAGGGGCAAAGUAAGGAACAAUGGCAUUUCAAAGGAUAACAAAGGUCAAUUCCAAAGGAUAUCAUGUCUGAUCCUGUUAGAAAAGUAAAACAUAAAUAAACUUUUUUCAAGCGAAUAAAAUUAAAUUAGUUAUUCGUACACUUGUUUUUCAUUGUUAGUCUGCUAUGCCUCUGAGUUAUUCCUCAAAAAAGUUCCUAUGUUAUGCACCUAUUUUCUGAUAUGUAGCUUCUGGCCAGUGACUCUUCAAACUUGAAAACCAACUUACAGUAUUCCAAGGCCUAAAGGAAAAUCCUUACUUUGUAUUCUGGCAAAUCUUUCCAAUAUCUUUUGACCAUCUUUCAAUGCUCAUGAAAUCUCUUAGUGCUUCAACAUUGAUCCUGCUAAUCAACUCACAACUUGG